GAAAACUAAAGGCCCAAAAUUCUUCAAAACAAUGGCUCUCUUGUUCAACACAAAUCUCCUCAGAGCUCCUCUCACUUUCCACUCAAUUCCACUUUCUCCUUCUAAGCAAUUCCCCAAUUACUCUUCUAUCUCUGUUCGUUGUUCAUCUACUAACCAACAGAGUGAUGAAAUUCGAGAUUCCGAUCAAGAUGAACCAAAGAAGAAGAAAAGACUCUCUGAACAGUCUUCAUGGGAAACCAAAGAUUCUGAUGGCAAUGAUUAUCUUUAUAGGCUUGGUGCAGAGGCCGAUAAUAUGAAUAUUGCUGUUGGUGCUAGGGCUGGCGUCAUUGAUAGUCUCUUCGCGGGAAAUUUCCUUGGAAAAGACUCGGAUAUUGUGUUUGAUUAUCGGCAGAAGGUGACUAGGUCGUUUCAGUACCUUCAAGGCGAUUACUAUAUUGCACCUGUGUUUCUGGAUAAAGUUGUGUGUCACAUUGUGAAGAACUACAUUUCUCAUAUUUUGAACGCCAAAGUUCCCCUGAUUCUAGGCGUUUGGGGAGGAAAAGGGCAAGGCAAAUCAUUUCAGACCGAACUGAUCUUUCAGGCAAUGGGAAUUGAACCUGUCAUUAUGUCUGCAGGAGAGCUAGAAUCAGAAAGAGCUGGAGAACCGGGAAAGUUAAUACGUGAGCGUUAUAGAACUGCUUCUCAAGUGGUUCAGAACCAAGGGAAAAUGAGUGUUUUGAUGAUCAACGACAUUGAUGCUGGCCUUGGUAGAUUUGGUAACACGCAAGUGACAGUCAACAACCAAAUUGUUGUUGGAACUUUGAUGAAUUUGUGUGAUAAUCCUACAAGGGUAAGCGUGGGGCAGGACUGGAGAGAAGGAGAUAUAACACACAGGAUUCCCAUUAUUGUGACAGGAAAUGAUUUUUCAACAAUGUAUGCUCCCCUAAUUCGUGAUGGGAGAAUGGAGAAGUUCUAUUGGCAGCCCACCCAAGAAGACAUCGUGAAUAUUGUUUGCAGAAUGUACGAGAAAGAUGGCAUAACAAAGGAUGAGGUUGCGACUAUAGUUAAUACCUUCCCAAAUCAAGCAUUGGAUUUUUAUGGAGCUAUGAGAUCUAGAACAUACGACCAGUCCAUCCUAAAGUGGGUUGAAGACUCUGGAGGUGCUGAAGAUAUUGGCAGAAGAUUUCUUCGACAAAGAAAGAAGGGAGAACUCCCAGUUUUUAUUCCUCCAGAGCAAACAGUGGAAGCCUUGCUUGAAUCGGGACACUCUCUUACGAAAGAACAAAUGCUGAUUAUGGAGAGCAAACUUUCAAAAGAAUACAUGAAGAACAUGGAUCAAGAAUAGUAUGGAGUGCUGCAACUAUGUGAGUUAAAGAGGCUUCAGGUUGAUUUUGUGUAUAUCAUUGAGUGAAUAACAGUAAAAUGUAUUAUCCAAUCAGGA